UUUUUUCGCCGCUCAUUCCUUCCUUGCUUGCGCACAAUGGUUACCGUGCUGCCAACGCGAUUCAACUUCGUGUGCUUUGCAGUACUCCUGGCUGGGCUGGUAUCCAACCAGGCUGUCGGCCUAAGUUUAAGCAAGACGAGGUAUCGUCGUGCGGCUGAGACUGUCCCAGGAUGUACCACCGGCAACACUACUACUCCGUUCGUUCAAGGGGACACAUGCGAGGGUAUUGCUGAAGCUUACAAUGUCACUCUAUUUGAGGUCUUUAUAAACGCAAACCUCUCUGGAAAGAACUGUGAUGCCCUCAACAUUGGUGAUACUAUGUGCAUCCAAGCGAAUGACCAGCCAAGAUGCAUACUGGGAUAUCUUACCGAGGACAAUGUUACAUGCGACGAGAUCAUACAAUCCAAUCACAUCCCCGAUAUCAGCACCUUCAUCGCCAACAACGGGCUUGAUAGCAACUGCACGUUGCGCGCAAAUGAGACUGUUUGCGUGGACAACGCAGUAAUUCCCUACAUUAUCACUGGACUCAAUAUCACGGAGGAUGCUUGACGUCGCAGACGUGCGAUAUCAUGUUGCCUUGAUGGUAGAUGACAGAAGACGAUGAUGCUGCUCGCAGUUCGUUUCGUAUGAUAUCUGUGAUACCAGAAUAUAGUACCCACUACUGGUGGUGGUUACACAUGA